AUGGCCUCGCAGACUCCGAUGGAAGACGCGCUGAGGCAAAAGAUCACCGAAGCGCUUGCGCCAACAUCUCUCGAAGUCUUUAAUGACUCGCAUAAGCAUGCACAUCACAAGGCCAUGAAAGGCAGCACUUCACAAGAAACGCAUUUCAGAGUUAACAUUGCUUCCGACGCCUUCAAGUCGAAGAUGCAGCCGGCCCGCCACCGCAUGGUGUAUACACUUCUCAAGGAUGAGAUGGCUGCUGAAGGCGGGAUUCAUGCCCUGCAAUUGCGCACACGGACGGUUGAAGAAGAGGAAAAAGCAAAGGCGAAGGAGAGCGCAGUAUCAUCUUGA